UGAGAAAUAUUACAGCACUCAGAUUCAUUGCUAAACAUGGCCAUACACAAAAUACGCAUAUCAAACAAAUGUGAUCGUUAGUAAAAUACAUUCCUUUGAUAGCAAGUAGCUCCCAUUAAUUCCUGCACGGGCAUGUUGCGACACGGGUCGCGGAGUAACAAAAGGACGCCAAAAUGGCCGUACUGUGUCGCCAGAGAGCUUCACAAAGGUGACAAAACAUAAGUAUUCAGGGCAAAUAACAGCCAAAUUGCCUUGCUGCAUUUCUCACUUGAUUCGGCCUGAUUACCACUUUUAUGUCCGCCUGUCUCUGACUUGAAGCAGUGCCAUCCGACAUUAUACCACACACCUGUAUACAGAAAGGGGGUCGUCGGCAUCUAGCGUCAACCGAGAAAUACACGGCCGAGAGAUUGACAUGUCUGGGUCAGCCGUGGACGUGUUGUUGUUUUGAUAGGUAGACGUGAUUGAUUUAAUGAGUGUUUGUAACAGUCAAUAUGCCGCCCAGUAGGCCCUCUAAAGACCGGGAUACAAAUUCUGCCCGUGUCCUCGCCAACAGAUAUGAAGUUGUAAAGAAACUGGGAAGUGGGAACUUUGGAACGGCCUUUCUGUGCACGGACCUGCGCAAUAACAAUGAACUGAAAGUGUUGAAGGAGAUCUCUGUUGGGGACCUCCAGCCAGAUGAGACGGUGGAUGCUAUGCAUGAGGCUCGACUGCUGUCAAAGCUAGACCAUCCAAGCAUCGUCAAGUUCAAUGACAGCUUCAUUGAUGGGGAGUUCUUCUGUAUCAUUACAGAAUACUGUGAUGGCGGAGACCUUGACAUUAAGAUAAGUGAGUGUAAGAAAUCUAAGACAACAUUUGAUGAGAAGAGCAUUCUUGAUUGGCUGGUUCAGCUGUUGUUGGCAGUGCAGUACAUGCAUAGUAGACGAGUUCUACAUCGGGACCUGAAGACAAGGAAUAUAUUCAUCAGAAACAACAUGGUAAAGAUUGGCGACUUUGGUAUUUCUCGUAUAUUGAUGGGCACCACUGACAUGGCGUCCACGUUCACAGGCACACCGUAUUACAUGAGCCCUGAAGUACUCAAACAUGAAGGCUACAACUCGAAGUCGGAUGUAUGGUCCAUAGGUUGUAUACUGUUUGAGCUGUGUGCGCUGGAGCAUGCGUUUAACGGCCAGGGGCUGAUGGGAGUCAUGUACAAAAUAGUGGAGGGUAAACCACCGGAACUGCCAAAGAAGUAUUCAAGGGAACUAAAUGCUGUCUUUCAAAAAAUGUUAGUAAAAGAUCCCAAUGAAAGACCAUCAGCAUCUGAAGUUGUGAAGCUACCUUUCAUCGCAAAUCACAUGACAAAAAUGAAGGACACAUUGUCUGACGAGUACAAGACAAAACACUUCAGCAGCCAGCAACAUGCAGAGAGGGAUGCAGAAGCGAUAGCUCAACUGCUACGUGAGAAGUCACAUCUGGAUGACUUGCGUAAGUCGGAGGUAAAGACUACUCCACUCAACACCAAGUAUAUGUCUCCACGGGAGAGGAUGAGAUUACGCAAGAUGGAGGAGGCUGACAAGAAGGGGAAGUUGUUGAAUAAACAUGCAAAAGUGCAAUUACAAGAAAACAAUAUACGACGGUCAGCAAUUAAAGAAUCACUCAGUAAAACUUCAGUGCCAGUGUGGGCAGGAGGAGAUGGGGAGGGGCCUAAAGUGAGGAGAGCGUUGUCGAAGAGUGCAGAACAUGCUGGCACCUUUGACUCCAACUACUCCAGCCAGGCAGUACGGAUGCACACUGUCCCAGCACAUGGUUACCACUUCGAGGAGGAGGACGAUGAUUUUCAGACAGUAAUUCCACGCCAAGUGAGGACGGUUGGGUUUUCCUCCUCCCUGCAUUCGCCCUUUGAGGAAGAUAGGCCAAUCACCCCAUUACGAGAUACAAUGGUUUAUGAUGUCAAAAACUCAUCGUUAGAUUUUAAAGAUGGUAUUCCUGACAACCCUCGGCUGGCCGAGACGUACUACUCCCAGUUUGAGGGAGAGUUUGAUGAAGAUGAAGAUGACAAUGCUGAUGAUGGUAUUGGUGAUGAGCCGGAAGAUUAUGAUGAUGAUGAUGACAUUAUGAUGAAUGAAGAGGGCACCCUGGUGGCAGAGGAGGAAACUCACAAUGAUGUAGAGGACUUUAUACAAUGUCUGGAGGGUGCUUUGGACAAGCCUGAGGAGCAAACCAUUACUGUAGCGGAUGACACCGUCUCAGGAGCAUUUGGCCCACAUGCCAGAGGGGUGAAGAUUAAGAAUCUCCGAGCUCAGUGUGAGAGUGUGCUGGGCACAGAGACAUUUGAGAAGGCGUACAGCUACCUGCGUGGAGCCCGCUAUGAGAAGGAGGGGGCCAACAAAAGUGAGAAAGACAUUAUGCAAGGCCUGCGUGAGCUUGUGAAGAAUCCGUCCGAUUGUUUCCUUGUGGAUCAGCUACUGUUUCUGGAGGAACAAGCUAAAUACCACGAAAACAGCUAGCAACAUUUUGCUCAAGUUGAAAACUAUUUACAAAGUUCAGCAAAUAUAUAAAAGGAUUUGAGAUGUGCAUAGAAGUUUCGGUUUUCUUCUAUUUAUAGUCAACUACAUGAAUCAUGAUUUGAUUGAACAUCUAGAAUGAUUUUGUAUCUCAAGCUUUACCAUGUUUCACUGUCAUGUAAUUUAUAGCAAACUUGUGAUAGUUAAAGGUACUGCAUCUUGCAUUGAAAGGUCGAUAACUGUACUUGUCCAAGGGAGAGCACUGUCAUGUCCCUGUUAGAUUGAAGCAAGGGAGAGCACUCUUUGCUUCAGAUUGUACUUAGGGAUAGUACUCUCUCCUCCCUGCAUGAAUCUUCUCACAAUGAUAGCCCGUUUAUGAAGCUUUCUAUAUAGUCAGAUGUAUUUUGUGAGAGGCAGUCAGAACCAUGCAUGAACUCCCAUCUGACUGAUGAUGAUACUUUUCCCCAAGUAUUCAGAGAAUACUUAGGAGUAUAUCUGAACUUUCAGAAUAUGAAUAUGUCAAAUCAUGGUCCCUGCAAAUGACCAGCAGGUGAAAAUUGACUAGCAUGUCAGUUAUGAUACUUAUUUAUAAUUUAGACUAACAAAUCAAGUGUUGAGAAGAUGACUGCACAUUACCAUGGAAACUAGUGGGGAGUUCAAAACUUUCCUGAAAUUGGUCAGAAAACAAGUCCAUAUCUUUCUUUCUUGUAGAAUAUCUUGGAUAUGUCAUUUCCUGAUGAUUCUUAGUUUCAACUGUUUCUGAACCCUAAAACAUACCUUCCUUAGAGCAUAAUAUAUUUGUUAUCAACAGGACUUCUCGUCUCAUUAAUCAAGUUUGAACAGAUGUGUUACAAAAGAUAACAUAAACUGAGGUAAACUGCUGAUUGUUAUGGAAGUGCUGUAAAGAUGUCUCAUACUAUAUAUUCUGAAUGUGUACACCUCUGUGAUCCAUCAUGUCUAGUUUGCAGCUACCAUUGGUCUUGCUCUCUUAUCAUGCUCUAGUUUCAUUUUCAUAUCUUAAUAAGUCAUCUAAAAGGAGAUAACAAAUUACUUGUUUCCCCCAAUGCUUUAGACAUUUGAUUUGUUCAUGUUCAUUUUUAACUAGGAUGGUAAACAUAGAACACAUUGGUGUCAGUUAUGCUGCGUUAGCCAAAGCUGUAGCUGAAAUUAUACAAUAUAUAGAUUACCAUUUCAUUAAUAGUGUUGUAGAAUCACCAGAAAUCAGUUCUAGGACAUAAGAGCAAGUUAUUCUUAUUACUGUAGUUAAAUUCUCAUCUGAUUAGUAAUGUAUAUUUGAAGCAUUGGAAUUUAAAGUCCCUUAUAUCUGUUUUAUUCUCCUGUACUCUAUUGCUAAUAACAAUGAAUUUCUCCCCAACCUGGUAUCCAAGUAUUAAAGUGGCCCCUUCAGAUUGUGCCUGGUUUCAUAGAUAUGUUACAGUAUUAAUGAAGGAUAAAUGCAUUUAUUGUGAAGUAUGUGUUUCUCUGAAGACUGACUGCCUAAACAACAAAAUAAUUACUUUUGAAGCACUGUGGUGUAUGUGCAGACACCACCCCUCCUUCAGUCAAAUGACUUUGAUUGUCAAAGUUUUACAUUAAAUGCAGACUAACACAGACACCAUAGCAACUUCUCCGUCAUGUGCGUGUGUACCAAGAGUGGUGUUGAAAGUGCAUUAAAUGCCUUGUAUUUGUGUUGUAUAGGUCAUAAGGCAUGAAGUUAUGUGUGUACAUAUGCCAAAAUCACUGUAAACCAGUAAUGUUGUGAUAGUAUCUGUUUUGGGUGUUCAGUUUGUUAUGUGGAAGUAUAUGUUUAUGUGGUGAAACCUGGCCUGAGGUGAUGAGUGUUUUAUCAGUAUGUCUUUUGUUUUUGAUAAAUUAUAUUAAGUGUUCCGCAAAAUUUCUAGGCCAAUGUACCAAUAGAAAGUAUGAACAUAUUGGUGUGAAUAACAAUUGUAAAAUGAAUGGGUGUGCAAGCUGCAAUCUGAUUGGUGGAAAAACAAGUUGGAUUUUUAUCUGGAAAUCUUUCAAACUUUACACUCUUUAUGAAUACCCCUGUUUCCUGGAUGAAUUCCUGUGGGUAUUUUUUUCAAAUCCCAAUUUGUUAAAAAGAAAGUAAAGCAAAAUGGAUACCACACAUUAUUCAAUAUUAUGUUUAAUGUAAAUUUAUCAGACCUAAUUGUAUUUAGUUUUUUUCCAGAUGAGUGAUAACCAGAUGAGUUCAGUGAUCACAGAGGCUUAGGACGACGUAAUGUUAUUCAGAGUGACUUUCUAUCCGUCUCAAUAUGGGGAGGGUACAUAUAGAUAUAGCAUUAUUGUAUAAUGAGAGCCUCGAAAUUUUAACGUACAGAAAUCAUUGAUAUAUUGGUAUGAAACUCAUCAGUCAUGUUCAAAGUUGAUAAUUCACUGAUUUUUCUUUUGUGUUGUCAAGUUUGGGGCUUCUGGACAAGCAAAUAAAAUGGAAAAUUAUAAAAAUAAUAAGAGGAAAAUCUAACAAGGAGGCAGUCUUGGAUUCAAUGUGCACUACCAUGGAUAGGCCAAGUAAUGUGUGGAUGAUGUGUUCAUGUAAACUUUGCUUCAUUCACAUCAUGCUUCAAUCGUGCAUUUUUCUCUGCGGUUUAGAUUCUAAGUGUUAAAAAUAUGUAUCACUUUAGAUGAGAACGUUGGUACACUUCAUUCAGAAUGUGUGCAAAACAAGCACAGCACUUUUGUGAGAAAGGUUUACAACUGUCAUUUGACCAAUCCGUUUCUUUCUCUGACCAGCCACAUCAUGUAACAAUAUGGUGGUUUGUGAUAUAUUGUGUAUAUUGAAGAAGAUAUACCUGGAGCAAGUCCGUCCUAUAACAUUGGAAGUGAUCCACCCAUUUUCAAAGUAUGAGUUUACUUUCUAUUCCGUCCUCUGAUGACAAUAUGAUUCCAAUGGAUCUUUUAUUCAUCCUGGAACACUUCCUGUUUCUUUAUGAAUUACCAUGGAUCUUGGUCCGGUCCUAUAUAUUUACAAUUUAUGCAUUCCACUGUUUAUUUUAGGAAAUUUACAUAUUUAUCACUGUUUUUUGUGUACCUUUUUGUUUGUGUGUGAAUGUUUUUGUAAACCAACUGUAUAAAAGCAAUGAAAAGGCCCAUGGCAUUUAUAAGGAUUGCAUAAAAGAUGCAGGAAACAUCUGAUAUUGAAAAUGGAGAGAUAUAUGUUGGACCCUAUUUGCUAGCUGUGAUAACACCUCAAAAUAAAGUUACCUUGUAAAUUAUUCUAAUCCAUAUUUAAUGUUUUAGCAGAUAUCUGCAUUCCUACAGCAGCAAAAGGUAUUAGUAUGAGAAUGGUCUCAACAUCAGUAUUAUACCAACCUUGUGUUUCUCUGCUGUUAAGAUUUCACUUGAAGUCAUGCAUUCAUCAGAUGUUGACUUCUCUUAAUAUGUCCAAAUAAAAAGACUCCCAGAGA